UUGACUCAGGAGGCUCAUGGGGAGGAGUGAGCUGCUCAGGGUUCAGGGCAAAUCUCUCACAGGGACUCUCUUCCAGGGCUGAGUGUGGGCCUCAGGACACCAGUGCAGGCAGGUGAGUCUCCCCAGGUGUCCCAAGUCCCACUCCUCUCUGGGGAUAAGGGCCACCCCCUGGGAAAUUUGGGUGGUGAACAGCAGUUCCAGGCUGAUGGAUGAUGGACAUCUCAAAUGUUCGGGGCUGAGAGCUGGGAACUGAGGGUGGGAAUGUCUUUUGAUCAAGCCCCUGAUUUCCUUCCAGAGCCUCUCCCCAAGCCCACUCUCUGGGCUGAACCAGGCCCUGUGAUCACUUGGGGGAACCCUGUGACCAUCUGUUGUCAAGGAACCCCAGGGGCUGAGAAGUACCGUCUGGAUAAAUUGGAAAACCCAGCAUCAAAGCAAAUACACAAGCCAUUGGAACCCAGGGACAGAGCCAAGUUCUCCAUCCCACACAUGACAGAGCAUGAUGCAGGGAGAUAUCUCUGUUACUACCUCAGCCCCACUGGCUGGUCAGAGCCCAGUGACCUCUUGGAUUUGGUGGUGACAGAAUCCUACAGCAAACCGAGCCUCUCAGCCCUGCCCAGCCCUGUCGUGCCCUCAGGAGGGAGCGUGACCCUCCAGUGUGGUUCAGUGGAUGGGUUUGGCAUGUUCAUUCUGAUUAAGGAAGGAGAUCACAAGUUAUCCUGGACCCUGGACUCAAAGCGACAGCCCAGUGGGCAGUUCCAGGCCCUGUUCCCUGUGGGCCCUGUGACCGCCAGCCACCGGUGGACAUUCAGAUGCUAUGGCUAUUACAGGAACAGUCCCCAGGUGUGGUCACACCCCAGUGACCCCCUGGAGCUCCAGGUCUCAGGCCCCUCUGUGGACCCCAGCACCCAACACCCAAAGCUCACCUCCACGGAUGGUCUUCAAAGUUACCAUGAGGUUCUGAUCGGGGUCUCAGUGACCUUCAUCCUACUGCUCUUCCUCCUCCUCCUCCUCUUCUUCCUCCUCAAGCAUCGGAACAAAUGCAGCAAGUCAGGUGCUUUAAACCUUGAGGCGAAGACCAGAGCACUGCAGAAAAGCUCCAGCUCCAUGGCUGAUGACCAGGAGCAGAACCGGUGUAAUAGUGGAGGAGAUGCUUCCCGAAGAGAAUCCCAAUCUGAGGAGGACAAAAAGAUGAACAGUCAGGAUACUCCGUCUGAGGAUGCCCAAAAUGUGACCUAUGCCCAGCUGAGUCACUUGACCCUCAAAGGAGAGACAACAGCAGUCCCUUCCUCCCCGUCAGACCAGCCCCAAGUGGAGCCCAGUGUGUAUGCUUCUCUGUCCUUCCACUAGCCCAGGAGGGACUCAGACCUCACACUCCAGAGAGAGGAAAUGCAGGGACCCCAGAAGGCAUGGGCGCUGCCCCCAUGGACACUCAGCUGCUGAAUGGAGCCUGAGAACAUUAGAUAAGCAAGCAGGAUGUCAUGAGACCUUCGACGGCACCUAAUUCUGCAGAAGAAGAUAAAGAGGAGACCUAUAUCUUUAGAAACAGAGCAAUACACGUCUACAUAACCAGGGUUUGAGAGAAGAAAAUAACAAAUGAAGAUAAAACUUUUUUUUUUUUUUAUGUAAAGGACACUGUGACUCAUAUUCUUCCUUGAAAGGUAAUGCACAUGUUACACAUCAACUGGGAAAAUUAAGUGCCUAAAUGGAGUUACUAGAAAGAGAAGAAGGCCUGACAUUUAGCCACUAGGGUGAGCAUUUAAAGAAGUCAACAACAAAUGCAUCCCACCACAGUGGAUGAAAGGAUAUAAAAAUUAUAAGAACAUAUAUUUAUAUGGAAAAGAAUAAAA